AUGGAACGUGUGAGGUACAAAGUCAUCGAAAAAACGGGUGAUUUGGGUGAAGUCGUGCAGGUGAAGGUCCGCGACGUUGGUGUGGACUCACGGGAUUUCGCUCCGGUUGUGCGUGUCGCAUCGCUGCGUGAAUGCCCGGCGCAGGUGGCUGAAUUUGCUGGACUUAUACCGGGGCCAUCCUGUCCCUCCUGUAGGCAAAAGGAAGCUUACAUACGGCGACUGGUGGAGUACAUACGGGAGCUGGAAGCAACUAUCAACACUGACAGGGCGGUGAGCGCCCUCAUGCUAAAGAUGGAAAACGCCGAGGGCGAUGGUGUGGAGCAACCAAAGAAUGGGGUCCGUUCCUCCCCGCAGCGAUCCGCAAGUGGAACAUUUUCCUACGCGUUCCCAACGUCACAAAAUAUCACUUUCGAAGAAACGGAUGGCGAAGGACAUCCCACUCUGAUGGAAAUGAUGACAGACGAACUAAGGCGGCAGAGCUUGCUCACGGCGAUGAUGUCACUUCUGAACCGACCGACAUUGGAAGAAAUUGUAACCAUCGGGGAGGAGAUGCGGGCGGAGCAAACCAAGAACCUGCAGCCUGUAGCUUUGAACAAGGGGUCAUGA